CUUACAGUCACUUUUGCCCCAUUUCCCUAUGCACUACUGGGACCUAUUGGUGAGGUGAGACGGGGCUUGUGAGCACCUGAGCAGAGAGAACACGGGCGAUGUUCACGGGCAGCCUUAAAGUGAAAAUAUGCGAAGCUACCGAUCUCCGCCUUACCGACUGUAUGACCCGCUAUGUCGGAGUAGCAGGGGUGGGAAAAGGUCCUCAAGACCAAACCCUGGAUCCUUACGUGACGCUGGAGGUGGACGAGGUACACUGGACCAAGACGCAGGCCCGACAGAAGACCUUCACGCCCAUAUGGAACGAGAGCUUUGAGCAAGACGUGAUGGGCGCCGUCCAGCUCGGCCUCAAGAUCUUCCAUGACUCCGCGGUCGGCAACGAUGACUUCGUGGCCGACGCUUCCUUGCUCUUCGAGGAAAUAUGUGCCGAGAACCAGACCCAUGCCGACAUCUGGGUGGACUUAGAACCUCAGGGGAAGCUACAUGUGGUGAUUGAACUAAAAUGGGCACCACCAGAAGAUGGAGGCGUCCGCCCACGAGAAUUCAGGGAACGGCAGGGCUUCAACCGGCGACGGGGUGCCAUGAGGAGGCGGGUUCAUCAGGUCAAUGGUCACAAAUUCAUGGCAACGUUCCUACGACAACCUACAUUCUGCUCGCAUUGUCGAGAAUUCAUAUGGGGUCUAGGGAAACAAGGAUAUCAAUGUCAAGUAUGUACUUGCGUAGUCCACAAGCGCUGCCACCAAUCGGUUGUCACACGAUGUCCGGGAAGCAAGAGUGAAACCAUCAAUGAGGAACCGUCAGUCCAGGGAAGUUGUCAACCACGAUUCAACGUCAAUGUGCCACAUCGGUUUUCUGUUCACUCCUACAAACGGUUUACAUUCUGUGACCAUUGUGGCUCAUUACUUUAUGGCCUUAUUCGUCAGGGUCUCCAAUGUGAAGUAUGCAACAUGAAUGUUCACAAGAGAUGCCAAAAGAAUGUAGCCAACAAUUGUGGGAUAGACGUAAAACAGUUAUCAGAAAUUCUAGCCACCAUGGGUAUACGGCCCCAAGAUGAAGCGGCCAAACGCAAGAAGAAGUCUGUUAGUGAGACAAAGUUAUCAUCGGCCACCGCCCCUGUUAGUGUCCCAGGAAUCAUCGGAGAAGUGGAAGUCCCAGGUGAAAUGAAUGAGGAAGAGCUAAGACUAAGGAUUGAAGCUCAGCGUAUCAUGGACAAGAAGAUGAAGGAACGCUGUGCAGAAGAAGGACUAGAUGCCAAGUCAAAGCCACACGAUACUUCUUUAGAUGUCAUGCUUGGUGGGAAGAAGGUAGACCUGGAUGACUUCUCAUUCAUUAAAGUGCUUGGCAAAGGAAGUUUCGGAAAAGUAAUGCUAGCUGAACUGAAAGGGACAGAUGAAGUCUAUGCCAUAAAGGUGCUUAAGAAAGAUGUGAUCCUACAAGAUGAUGAUGUAGAAUGUACAAUGACUGAGCGGCGGAUCUUAGCGAUGGCUGCCCACCACCCCUUCCUCACUGCCCUCCACUCUUGCUUUCAAACCAAGGAUCGAUUAUUCUUUGUUAUGGAAUAUGUUAAUGGUGGCGACCUAAUGUUCCAAAUUCAGAAGGCUCGCAAGUUCACAGAGUCACGUGCAAGAUUUUAUGCAGCUGAGGUCACGUUGGCCUUACAGUUCCUCCAUAAAAAUGGUGUUAUUUACAGAGAUUUGAAGUUAGAUAAUAUUCUACUAGACAGUGAAGGACAUUGUAAAAUAGCUGAUUUUGGUAUGUGUAAGGAAGGCAUCAGGGAUAAUAUUACAACAACCACCUUCUGUGGAACACCAGAUUACAUUGCGCCAGAGAUUCUUAAAGAGUUGGACUAUGGUGCAAGUGUUGACUGGUGGGCACUAGGAGUUCUCAUGUAUGAAAUGAUGGCAGGACAGCCACCAUUUGAGGCUGAUAAUGAAGAUGAUCUCUUUGAAUCCAUCCUGCAUGAAGAAGUUUUAUAUCCAGUGUGGCUUUCAAAGGAAGCAGUUUCUAUACUGAAAGGGUUUAUGACAAAGGAACCAUCCAAGCGGUUGGGCUGUGUCGCAGAGCGUGGAGGAGAAUUGGCAAUUCGUAACCACAAAUUCUUCCGAGAGAUAGACUGGGAGGCCCUUGAGCAGCGCAAAGUUAAACCACCAUUUACACCUAAGAUAAAGGGACGUAAGGAUACAGUCAACUUUGAUGCCGAGUUUACUAAGGAAGAGCCAACUCUCACCUUUAUUAAUGAAGAAGUUGUUCGUGCUAUCAACCAGGACGAGUUUAGAGGAUUUUCUUUUGUUAAUCGUGAAUUUAAGUCCAUGGCGGCUGCACCAUGUCAAACCUAAGUGCAAAUGCAGCACAGUACAAAGUGCUAAAGUCUCCCCAGGAAGCUUGAUGUGCAGACUAUAUGAGAGGAUUCUUUAGGGAAGAAAGCAGAUGAAGGAAGGGAAAAAACAAUGAAUAAUAGUAGGAAAAAAUUCAAUUUUGACUGCACAAAGAGUUGAAUAUCUCAACAAGCACAACUGAUAAUGGCUGUAUUGUGAUUAACAUUGUAUAUCUAAUAAUACUCUUUAUGAUGGACUUUUUUUCAUUAUUAUUAUAGUAUUUUUUUUGCAAAAGAUUCUAAUAUGGAAGAUCUCUGAAUUUAUAAGUUACAAUAUUUUUAAAUAUAGAUAUAUUUCAUGAUGGAAAGAUAUUACAUGGGAGAGUUGUAGAGAGAUUUUUUUUAAUUGAAGUUAGUAUUUAUAUAGUGUUGUUCUGUAAAUGCAUGAUGCAUUUGGAAUAUGAUAGGAAGAUACAAAGUUCGUAAGGAAUUUUACAAAGAAUAAUUCUAAUGUUUAUUUAUUUUUUACUGACUUCUUUCAGUGUAUUGUUAGGGAAAAUUGCCAACUUUUGAACUUCCAGUUCUGGAGGUUUGAAGGAUAUAUAUUGCAUUUUAAUGCAGUAAGCACUUACUAUAGAUAAUCAACCUAUGAGGCUCAUGAUUUAGCACAUGUAAAGAAAUGGAAAAGGAAGUGAAAUUGAAAGUUAUAACUUUUGACUAAAAUUGCUUGUCCAGUUAUGGUACCAGAUGAUUCCAAAAGGCUAGUAAGAAGUGCACAAAAGAUAACUAGCAUCAGGAUAAUAUUUAAUGUCUGGCAGUGGAAAGAAACUUGGAUGCAGGUAUGGGGGAGACCAGAUGUAGGACCAUACAACUCAUUAACUUUUGGCCCUCUUUUGUAUUGUUUCUAGAUCAUUCAGUCACAUAAACAUACACUCAUGUACACUCACAUGCUAUAACACACUCACAAUCAAACAAGUGCAUAAAAAUAUUUUAUAUUCUUGAAGUGGUGGAAGCCCUCCUCAUAUACUUAUGGUGCAAUAUGCCAAAGAAAAUGGGCUUGACAAGUCCUUAUAAAUGUGCAUCAAUCACAAGUGUUUAGAUUAUACUUAAUAAGUUGCCAGGUGUUUUGCAGUCCAAUAUGAAAACAGCAAGAUGUUUGUUUAUAUAAGACUGUAUGCUUCCAGUUCUGGAUUUAGUGGUAUUCAGGGUUGUCUAAUGUAUGGAAUCAUUUCUCCCCCACAACAUUUGGUCUUUCCCAUCGUGCAUUCUUAACCUUAGUGACUCUUAUCUACGCACAAUUUACAGGCAAGUGGCAAGAUCAGCUUUUUUUGAGUCAUUGGUGGCAUUUCAGUAAGUUUACUUUUCCCCCCACCUAAGUUAUGAAAUGGGAAAUCAUUGCUUAUUAGACGCUCACCAACCAGGUUCAAUGUAGCUGUUCUGAUCACAGCUCUGUACUACAGACAUACAGGUAGUGGAUAAACUAUACUAUUGUAGCCAAUGUGGUAAUGUGCUUUUAUAGUUCUCAAAUGGCAUACAUUUAUUGUGUGUCUUCUCUUCUUCCUCAGCAGAUUAAAAAGAAAAUAAAGGGCAAGAUCGUUGUUAAAAACGUACCCUAAAAACUUGAAUGAUAUGAAUAAGGUUCAAGUCAGAACUACAUAAGGUCCACAGUUUAUUGACCUACAUAUUGAGCUUAGACCAGUAUUGCAUUUCAUAGAAAGGAUAAAUAAGUUUUCCAUCAUAUUCAUGACCAUAAGAGGGAAGCAAAAAAACAUAUAACAUUAAAAAAAACAAAAAAAACAUAUAACUCUCAGUGCGUAGUAGAGGGGAACAGAAACCCCUCCCACUCCCCAUCCCCACCCCCACCCCACCUCUGAAUGUUGGUGUGUGUGUGCGCAUCUGUGUUAAGUCCCAGGCGGUGGUGUGUGUGUCGCAGCCAAAUUAGAGGUUGUAGAACAGCCGCCUAGCCAAGACAGUCAUGUGGGUAAAACUGUCCCCAACUCACAUGGGUCUUUUGGUCCAAAAGUCAACUUUGAUUAAUGGAUUUAUAUGUAAAAGUUUACUUCCAUUAUAAUUUGAUCUGUCCAGCAUAACUUAUGCAGGACAAUGAAGGUGCUGGAUUUCUUAAUAUUUCAAUACAGUAACUGCUGAAAAAUCUUAUUGAAUACACUUCCAUUAAGUGAAGAGGUUGAUUUGAAUGUGAGUUACCACUUCUAGAGACUCGCAAUAAGUACUGUUUUUUUUUCUUUCUUUCUUUCUUUCUUUCUUUCUUUUUUUCUUUUUUUUUCUAAUUGUAACAUGAUAUAUACUCCAUUGAGAUUCUUGGAGGUGGUGGGAUGCCCCGUUAAUGCUAGUGUUGGCUAUGGCCUCAGGUUAGUGAAUUGAGCCAGUGAUGCUGCGACCCGUCACCGCUGUGUCUUCUAGCAAAUCUUCCAAUGGUUCACGCCUGUUGAUUAUUUUAUUUUUUGGUAGUGUGGUAUAAUUGUUGUGAUGUGGACAGCCAUAUGUGGGGCAAGUCUCCCCCAGCACUCCCCAGUGCUUCUUUGCCCUACAUUUGUGUGUGUCCACAGUAUUUUAAUAAACUCCUGCCCUUGUCCCCAGCCCACUGUUUAUGGUCUGGCCUGGGACAGAGGUGUUGGAAAUGUGUCACUCAGCCGCUGGGGGCCUGGGUCCAGUCAUGAUUGUGGCCCUCAGCAGGCCAUCUAAGUCACUCUUGUCAUCUGCCUUAUCGUCUUUCGCACAAAGAAGGAAUUUUGUUGUGACUGGUGGGUGAGCAUGAUGGAGGGCAGGCAGUGGUCCGUCUCCCCCAGGCGGCGCAUGUCGCUGUCACCACUGGCUGCCUCAGGUCACUGUAUAGACCUGUGCACCCCAAACCAUACCCGCUGUCUCUGUGUGCAAUAUUACUUGGCCUCGGGUCAGAGUAGCCAUUCAUUGGUAGCGUUUGACUCCUAGGCCAAGUUUGGUGUGGUACCUGUGAUGCAUCCAUCCUCGCACACCCACCUCCAAGGCAGUGUUCUACAACCAUUCUUGACUCAUUACCAUAUCUCAUAGCCCAGAAAACAUUGGUAUUGCAACAAGGCCAAAGAUAGUAGAUAAUGUACUGGUAGAAAAGAAUCAAAUCUCGUAGUGUGCAGUUUUGCUGUCUUCAUUGUUUGUGUUGUGGUCAAAAUCUGCGUUGUUAAGUAGAUAGUUGUCUUGUGAGCUGCUUACAACUCAAAGCCAGGAACGCUUGUUUGUUUGCAGUCCAACAGACAGUCAUGGGCAGAUGGCCUUUUGCAGUCACAUUAUAAGCCUUAUAAGGCUCCAUCUUUGCUUAGAAGGUUUGCGAUUUGCAACCUUUGUCAAGACCGUUAUUAUGGUGAAGACCUUAUCAAAGGGUCUGUUAGGAGCCUUGUGCAGUAUUCCAGAGGUUUAUUGCACUUCAGCGUCCUGGUCAGGUGAGAUGUGCUUUUUUUGCUGUAGUCUGCAAGUAAGUGGCUACUGCAUGCUGUGAAUCUGAAAAAUCUGCAUUCACAGCAGAAUAAGCUGUGUUUCUCUGCUAAUAUCAUAGGUCUGCUUGAUAAAACCUGUAAGCAAGCAGUGUGCUGACCAUUAAUGCUCUCUAGACAAGACUUUGUGUUCAUUAGUAUUGCAGUGGGUAGCAUAUACUCUACAAUACAGUGAGCUGUGGAGAAAACUUCCAGCUCACUACUUGAGUGGUCAGUGUCUGAUAGCCAAGUCUACCAGAAAGCUGGAGUGAGAAUUUCCAGUAGUAGUUUUUCAUUAUGCUUACCAUUUGACUUCCAGUGGAGCAGUUGGUAGUAUAAAAUACGUAAGACAUGAGUGCUACACCAAUGAAGAGUCUUACAAGGAAUAAGCUUUUUUAUUGUCUGGUAUGCUUUCCUCCCCCUGUACCAGAUAGGACUAGUGAAUGGUUACUAAAGCUGCUUUUUAGUAGCUGGAGUCAAAUUGGGGGAAGGUGUUCUAAAGAGAAUCCUAAGUAGUACUUGGACCUUCACGUUGCAUUUCUCACAGCCGUUCCGCUGCUGUAGGCUGGAACCUUACAGAAGUGUUUAGGAACAUCUCUUUAUUCUGGAUGGUCCAGGCUUAGGGAAAGAUCAGAUUUUUUUCUUAUUUGAAAUAUAUGCUGUAAUUUUCAUAACAAUAAUGAUUAUAAUAAGGUAAUGAAAUUAUCAUAAUUUUUACUAUUGUAAUUAUAAUUUAUUUUAAUUACUAUGAUAAUUAAAUUAUUGUCUCCAUCAGAAGCUGAAAUGUGUAAUUGGGCUUAAAUGACAAUUCUCAGAUAAGGAUACAAGUGUUUCACUGUAGAAGCUUCUGUAAGUCAUAACUUUUAUUAGUAGCGGUUUGGAGUGGAAAUGACAACUAGGAGUAGUCUUUUUCUGAUCCACCUUAAAGCAACACUGUAUUACAGAGCCCAAUUCCCAGAAGGGCUAAACUCAAAAGGUGGACCCAUAUUCUCAUGGUGUCCUUUACAAAUUAUAGCCCAAUUAGUAGUGCAGUCUAACUUAUAAAGCAGCCUAAGUUACUGUAUGGUCAAAUUCAGAAUGGGGCUGUGCUUUAGUGAGGUGCAUUUAAACGGGACUUCACUUCGGUGAGGCCCUUCCUCUUUAGGAUCUUGCUUUAGUGAGGCCCUCUUCAUGCAGGGUGCUGCUUUAGUGAGGUCCUUAUAUCGGACCCUUAUCUAGUGAGACCCUUCUUAAUGCAUGACUCAACAUAGGUGAAGCCUUACUCUUUACAAGGUUUACAUCAAGUUCUGCAUGCAGAUAUGCCCAGAAUUAGUGAAACCCUGUAAAUGGUUUGCUAAUUUUGUGAGAUUAUGCUUUUGUUGGGCCACAGUUAAAGUUAGAUCAUUUUAGUGGACUUCAGUAAUAACCAUGGAGUUAUCCUCUUUUGAGGUUCCACUUACAAAUGAUGAGUACUUUUAGAAGCCUCUAUUAAGUGACAGGGCCCAAGUCACAGUGAAUCCCUACUGUGUAGUAGAACUAGAUUCACUGUAAAGAUCAAUAUGCAUAGGUUAGGAAAAAUGAGGCACAAGUACUACAACAACUUGUUUGCUAUAUGGGGUAUAUUACCAUAGGACCCAGUUCUCAAUAAGACUAACUGAAUUGGGGUCAGAAUCAUAACAAGGUCGUAAAUCUUCAGGGGCCCCCCCCGUGUCAGAAUGAGGCCAAGGUUACUGUGGGACCCAGCUAACACUAAGGUCUUAACUAAAUAAGACCAAAAUAAUAGUGAAGCCCAGCAGUUUAGGGCCCAGUUAACAAUCAGGCCCAGUUUUCAUUGGGAUCCGAUCAACAGUAAGGCCAACAUAAAGUGGGAACCGACAAACAAUAAGGCCAACAUUCAGUGGGACUCGACCAGCCGUGAGGCCCUAGUGCACAGUCGGAACCUGCUCACAGUGAGGUCCAUCAACAGUGGGACAAACUCACUGUGAUCAUCAGUAUUCUUCCCUUCCUCAUCAUCUGGGUGCUCUAGGGUAGGGCUGGUGCACAAAACAAAAGCUGUGUACAAAGUAUUUGCAUAGGAUGCGAUUUUGCAGUAUGCAUGUGCGAUCUGGCAGUUUCCUCCCUUUCCCUCCCCUCUCCCAUAAAAAGGUGCUUAUAAAUCCAGCACCUAUCAGGAUGAAUAAUAGGCUGGACAGAGCACCAAAUUCUUUUGUUCCCUGUUCCAGUAGAGAGCACCCAGCCUAUGUUGAAUACACAAAAACCUCAAUCCCCAGUCCUUGUAAUCCCACCCUGUAAUACAAUCAUUCAUGUCGUCAUUGGUAUUGUACUUAAUUGCAUUUUCAUAACUUUAGUUUGGAUCUUAAGCCAAAGAGAUUGAUGUUAGCUGUAGAUUGAUAGACAUUUUAAUAGAUACAUGAAUUGUUCCCAUAACUAUUCUAUUUGUAAAUGUUGGUCUGAGAGAGAGAGUGGAUGUUGGUGUGUGUGUAUGCUGCUGAGCUACGGUGGGUUGGAAAGAAGGACAAAGCAGGAUGGGUUUAAAGGCAUUGGAAUUAUUGGUAAUAAGAAUUAACUCAAAAUUAAAUGAAAAAAUCAAGUUCACCAAUUUAAUUUACUCAUACAUAUAUGUGUACAAUCAUGUGCACAUUUGAAUUCCCUCACACAUGUACACAUACACAAGUACAUAUAUGUAUGUGUGUGUGUGUGUUUAUAUAUAUAUAUAUAUAUAUAUAUAUAUAUAUAUAUAUAUAUAUAUAUAUAUAUAUAUAUAUAUAUAUAUAUAUAUAUAUAUAUAUAAAUUUACAGGUCACAUAGUAAUCCAUGUCUUAUUACCUUAAGUAUAAUCCCUUUGCAUAUGCAGGUAAGCCCACCUUUCCUGCAUAAGUGGUAACCCAGACCUGCAAAGGGCAAGAAUGACCCUUCAGCCCAACCCCUCCGACAAGGAGUAUAGAGCCCAAUGCCCAGCUUUUUUCUUAUAUAUGACCCAGUGCUGCGUCUUGGUGCCUCUUCUAGAUGGCCUUCAAAGACACAAGAGCUUUGGGUCAACUCCUUCUACCCAUGGACUACUGUGCCAAAAUCAACUGUCUCCCUCACUUCAAACAUCAGUGUGAUCGUCUGUAUAAUAUUCUGAUUGCUGUAAUGAUAUGUCAAUGGGUAUUUUUGUCUCCUCAAAAAAUACUUAUGUCUUUCUCUCAGCUGACUGUAUGAGAAGCGUGAUAUAAAUAUAUUUAAGUGUUCAAAA